AUGCCGCCACACAAUGUCUCGCAAGAUACCAUCGUUUGUUAUGCUCCAUUGAUGAUCACGUCCCACGGGAUUUGGCAAGGAGAUAAUCCUCUCGAUUAUUCGCUUCCUCUUUUUGUUUUACAACUAUCGCUCGUUGUUGUUACCACUCGUAUUCUCGUUUUCCUCUUAAAACCCUUUCGCCAGCCUCGUGUCAUCUCUGAGAUCCUUGGUGGAGUGAUAUUAGGUCCAUCAGUGAUGGGACGUUUUUCAAUCUUUGCCAAUGCAAUAUUUCCAUUAAGAAGCGUUAUGAUUCUUGAAACAAUGGCAAACAUCGGCCUUCUUUAUUUCCUCUUUCUAGUCGGAGUAGAAAUGGAUAUUGCAGUAAUCCGACGCACUGGCCGGAAAGCCAUCUUAAUUGCAAUCGCCGGCAUGAUUCUCCCAUUCCUUAUUGGAAUCUCAUUCUCCUUCCUCUUACAUCGAGGAACACAAUUCGUCAAACAAGGCACUUUCAUCUUGUUCCUGGGAGUAGCCCUCUCUGUCACAGCAUUUCCGGUGCUUGCAAGAAUUUUGGCGGAGCUCAAGUUAAUUAACACAGAACUUGGUCGGAUCGCCAUGUCAUCAGCCCUCAUAAACGAUAUGUGUGCAUGGAUUCUACUAGCAGUGGCUAUCGCUUUAGCCGAAAAUGAGCGUGUAAAUUUAACUACCGUUUGGGUGAUUUUAUCGAGUGCAGGGUUUAUCUUGGUUUGUAUUUUUGUGGUUCGUCCAUUGAUUUUUUGGGUGAUACAAAAGACCCCAGAAGGUGAAAGUGUUAGUGAGUUCUACAUUUGUUUAAUCUUGACCGGAGUUAUGAUCUCAGGCUUCAUAACAGAUGCAAUUGGUACCCACUCGGUGUUCGGAGCCUUCAUUUUUGGGUUGGUGAUACCGAAUGGACCUUUAGGGGUUACACUCAUUGAAAGAUUGGAGGAUUUCGUAUCAGGGCUUUUGUUGCCUCUUUUUUUCGCCCUCAGUGGGCUUAAAACUUCUAUUGGUGCGAUUAAUGGCGCUGACACAUGGGGUAUUUUGGCGCUUGUCAUAAUACUUGCCUGUGCCGGAAAAGUCGCCGGAACUUUGCUCGUUGCUCUUCUUUAUCAGAUGCCAUUUUACGAUGGAGUUACACUCGGAUUGCUCAUGAAUACCAAAGGCCUUGUUGAGAUGAUUGUCCUUAAUGUUGGCAAAGAUCAAAAGGUUCUGGAUGACAAAUCUUUUGCAAUUAUGGUGGUCGUCGCACUGGUGAUGACGGCGGUAAUCACUCCGGUGGUGACGAUAAUCUACAAACCCACAAGAAGAUUUGCGCCCUAUAAACGUAGAACCAUACUAAAAACCAAACCGGAUAGUGAUUUUCGAACACUAGUUUGCAUCCACACACCAAGAAAUGUUCCCACCAUCAUCAAUCUUCUUGAAGCUUCCAACCCAAACCAAAAAUCUCCACUCUCUGUCCACGUCCUCCACCUUGUAGAACUCACGGGUCGUGCCUCCGCCAUGCUCAUAGUCCACAACAGUCGGAAGUCUGGCAGACCAGCAGCCAAUAGAACACAAGCCCAGUCUGAUCACAUCAUCAAUGCCUUCGAGAACUUCGAGCAACACGCUGGAUACGUAUCUGUUCAACCAUUAACGGCAAUCUCACCAUAUUCCACUAUGCACGAAGACAUAUGUAGUGUUGCAGAGGACAAGCAUGUAGCAUUUAUUAUCCUACCUUUUCAUAAGCAACAAACGGUGGAUGGCGGAAUGGAAGUAACUAAUCCUGCUUACCGUAUAAUUAAUCAAAAUGUUUUAGCAAACUCGCCGUGCUCAGUCGGCAUUUUAGUAGAUCGAGGGUUCGGCGGCGCAACUAGGAUAGCUGGAAAUCAGAUUUCACAUAGCCUUGCGGCGGUAUUCAUUGGUGGACCAGACGACCGAGAAGCUUUAGCAUUUGCUUGGCGUAUGUCGAGCCAUCCAGGGAGCACUCUCACCGUGAUGCGUUUUGUCGCCGGAACUGACAUAGAACAACCGAGUACUUCCGGCCGGGUGGAAAACGACCCAAGGAUUCUGACGGUGGUAACAGAUAGUGAUAGAGAAAAACAAGAAGACGAUGAGUUUAUACACCAGUUUAGGACAUUGAUUGAAAAUGAAGAAUCAAUUGUUUAUACUGAAACGGUAGCGAACAACGGUGAGGAAACAGUGGGGGCGAUACGAUCAGUUGGUGACGUUCAUGAUUUGUUUAUUGUCGGGAGAGGUCAAGGGACGUCUUCCCCGUUGACCGCCGGACUAACCGAUUGGAGUGAAUGUCCAGAGUUAGGAGCAAUAGGUGACUUAUUAGCAUCGUCAGAUUUUGCAGCAACGGCGUCAGUAUUAGUGAUUCAACAGUAUGUGAGUACCGGUCUUGAGGAUUUCAACCUAUCGCCGGAUAGUCCAGGACACCACCAUGAAGCCUUUAUGAACUGUACACCAAACACGAACCAACGGCCGUCGCCAUCCCCGAGGGCGACGUAUAUGCAGAAUUCACAAUAG